AUGGACGACCUGAAAAGGCGCGUGGCCUACAAAGCGGUCGACGACUACGUGCAGUCUAAUAUGACCAUCGGGCUUGGCACCGGCACCACCGUGUUUUACGUGCUUGAGCGGAUCGAGAAGUUAAUGCGAAACGGGAAGAUAACAAAUGUGGUGUGCAUCCCCACCAGCAUCGACACGGAGAUAAAGGCCCGAAAUUUAGGCAUCCCCCUGACGACGCUGAAGAAGAACUCCCACAUUGACAUUGCCAUAGACGGAGCAGACGAAAUUGACAUGGACCUAAAUUUGGUUAAAGGACGCGGCGGGGCCCUCGUGAGGGAGAAGUUGGUUGCCGCCAGUGCCUCCGUUUUUAUAAUUAUUGUGGACGAAUCCAAGCUGUGCACGAACGGCCUGGGCACAACAGGAGCGGUGCCGAUUGAAAUCCUCGCCUUUGGCCACGAGAAGAUAAUUCAGAAUUUGCUCAAAAUUUCCUCCCUUGAAAACUGCCAGUAUAAGUUGCGGGAGAAGAACGGGGAGGUGUACAUAACGGACAACAAAAACUACAUCGUGGAUUUUUACUUCGCCAACCCGAUCGAGGAUUUGCAGGACACCUGCCACAAGAUAAAGAUGACCACGGGCGUUGUGGACCACGGCAUUUUCGUAAACAUGACGAGCGUGGCGCUGAUAAGCAAGCACGACGGGACGGUGCUGAAGCUGGACAAGCACGCGGGCAGUUGA